UCUCUCUCUCUCUCACACACACACACACACACACACACACACACACAGCAGGCGGAGGCUGCGGGUCGAGGCGGACGGAUGGCUUCGUUUAACGGCUCUGUUUCUGAGGAGAGCCGGUCCAGAGCGACGCUGGAGGAAACCAGCCGGACCCGGAACCAGAGCGGUCAGUGUCCUCCCAUGACUUUAAGUUUUGGUAAAAUAAAGAUACAGGCGGGAAACGGCACCAGCGUUGGGACGGUGAUUACUUUAGAGUGCCCCAGUAACCACAGGCCAGAUGGACAGAUAUCCUGCAUACAGGAAAAUAACAACACACGCUGGAGCGGGGGAGUUCUUCAGUGCAAACCUCUCCCGCAGUACGAGAACGACGCCUUCCGCCCGCGGAAUGUGGGUCACGGCUUCCACCUGGCGGUGCUCCUGUCCAUCAUCAGCUCAGCCAUCAUCAUCUUCAUGAGCAUUGUCUUCAUCACCUCGUGCCUGCUGAGUCGAGUGAAGAAAGAAGAAAGUAGACGAAUGGAGAGGAGGAGGAGGAAGGAAGAUGAAGCAUAUUGGCAGAAUAUGGAUCAGCAGGAAAUGAGAGAGGCUUUUUACAGCCAUAAAACUGGAAAUAACAACAACAACAACAACAACAACAAGACUCAACAACGCCAGGCUGCACCCAACGUCCAGACUCUCACAUUUAAACAUCAGCAGGCAGCCUCCAGAUGCCAUCAGCAAGGCUACCAUUUGAUUGUCCAGCCCAGCCAACCUCUCCAUGAAGCUAUGCCCCCCAAUGCAUAUAGGAACACACAUACUUCCUUUGUCCUACAGACACAGUUACUUCCAGCCCAACCCAGCACUAGAUACAAUCCCACACUGGAACAGCCAUCAUGGAUACGGCCCAUUCCAACACCUGCGGUCCCACCAGACGGUGCAGUCUCAGGAGGUAGGGGACACAGCCUCAAGGACCCAUUCUGGCAAAACCAACACUCACCUGACCCAAAAAGCCCACCCAUCUGGGUUAUUUCUGUAUGAGAAGGGUCAAGAUUCAUUCAACAGCAACAAGACUGUUUGACAGCUGUGAACACACCAGUGAACUCCUAACAUAGACUGAGAAGGAUGCUGAACAGGGGAAUAAGGCCAGGCCUGGUUUCUGGUCAGGGCUCCUAAGUUAGAAUGGGUUUUCUAUGCAUUUUUUUAUGAACUGUGCCUUAAAAACACUUCCAAAACCAGCAACUUGACUUGAAGCAUUCCUAUUGGACUAUCAUCUAACAGACCAGUCUCCUCUGUUAUUGUAAAGUUUAUGAGCUAGUUGGCAGGACUGUAAUUACCAUUUACAGAUUUCUGGCAGAUUGCUAUUUUAACAGCGCAGCUCCCUGGAUGUGUCCAACGCUUCUUAGCAGAGGAAACUGACCUGCUCAUCAUUUAGUAUUUAGUAUUCUGUUUAUUGUUGAUGUAAAAGUUGGGCUUGUCCAUGCAUGUGUGUAACAAAGUGGGGUGUACGCUGCAUAGCUAAGAUAGAUAUGGACUAUUGUCAGGGUUUUAAAUCAGUCAGUGGCGCUGACUGCCGCCAACAUAGCAACAUGACAGAAACACGGGUGCAAGGUGUGAAAAUAGACUGUUGACGGGGCGUAAGAUAGCAAUGAGCAUCACGAUGUGCCUUGGGCAGGGUGUAAGAUAGGGCCACUGGACUGCUACAGACUGAAGCCAUGUUGUCUUUGGCAAAAUAUCAAUAUCUGUUCGGUUUCCAACCAUGGUAGAGUUUGAGCAUGAAGGCCUUUUGGUGACUGCUCUAUAUUCAUGCCUUUGCUAUGAACUGACACACUGCUGGUGUGAAGAUCUGAAGAGGCAUUAUUUAUGAUUUUUUACCCCUAGUAACAGUUUUAUUUUACAGUUUUAUGUGAUAAUUGUAUGAUAUUUUAUCAGCGUUAUGUGCAGAACAUUCUGUGUUGCCUCUCAUGUCCGCUUCUAACUAAUGAUUUUCAGCAGGAUAACUGAGGCCCAACUGCAGCAACUAUGGCCUCCAUCCCCAACGGUAUCUCAUUUUGUAUUCAGGCUAGAGGCUGCCCAACAGAGUAAUAGAGCCUCCUUUCAAAUGUACAGUUUUUUUUCCCAAUAAACCAAUAAAAUAAGGUCAUGUUGCCCUAAUGUUGUAAUGACUUGCAUAUAUCAUCAAUAGAUUAAGACAAUAAGUUUCCUACUUUUUACUACUGUCUCUUAUGAGUGUGUCCGUGUUCUUAUGAUACAGUAAUUCAGAAUGUGUGGAAAAAAUGUCAUGAUAACUAUUAGGGACUGCAGAUUUGCAUUUUCAUCUAAUGUCUACGCAUUAAAGAUAUGUAAUUCAUUA